AUGGAGAAUCCGUUCUACGGAAGCUAUUGGUCCCAGCCAGCUCACCCUCGCUAUUCCUCAAACAUGAGAGGAAUACCAGUGCAAUCGAUUCAUCAGAAACCUGCCGGAAUCAAGCCGGCCUCCAAGGUUGUCCAGAUUCCGGUCCACUUCGUCAGUUCGGAUCCCGAGCGGUCCGUUUUGGCCUCGGCGAAACAGAAACCUGAGGCGGAUCGGUUCGCUUCAGCGUUGAAGAUCCAGAAGGUAUUCAGAGGCUUUUUGGUGAGAAAAAGCGUGAAGAAAAUCAUGUCGAUACGAAAAGAGGUGGAAGAUGUUGAGCGGAAGCUUUUGUGUAGAGAAACGGCGGAGUUGAUUUGUAGAGAUGAAAGGGAAAGGUUGCGGGUGAAUGAGACGCUGAUGUCUCUGCUUUUCAAGUUGGACUCCAUUCGUGGAGUUGAUUCCGGUGUUAGGGAGUGCAGAAAGGCUGUAAUUAGAAAGGCCAUCUAUUUGCAAGAGAAAGUUGACUCCAUUGUUUCUGCUGCAAAUCAAAUUGCAGCUGAAGAGGAGAAUCAAUCCGAUGAACUCUCUGAAUCAGCCAAUCAGACCGGAGACAUCCCCAAUUCAACAGGAAAUCAGGAUGAAGAUGGAAAAUUGAAUAAUCAGAAUGAACUUUGUGAUCUGUCAGAGCAGAAUGUGGAUGUAGAAACUCAAGCGACAUCAAAUGAUGAGAAAACACCCGUAGAGGGUGAACACGAUGUAGCACCGUCGGUUGAGAAGUGUGAAGAAUUGCAGGAGGUGAAGGAGGAAACGGACUGUCCAAAGCACGAAUGUGUGGAGGAAAGUGUGGAGAGAGGUGAAGUUGGGGAUGUGAUUGAAGGAAUUGAGGAUGAGAAGAAUGAAACAAGGUCACACAAGCUUGACGGGGAAGAGGAGAGUAGAAGAAACAGAGAGUUGUUGGAGAAAAUGGUGGAGAAGAAUGAGAAUAUGAUGAGAAUGAUGACUGAACUGUGCCAAAAAAAUGAACUACAAACACGAAUGCUGAAUUCGCUGGCACAGAGGGUGGAUCAAUUAGAGAAAACUUUCCUAUGUGAUAGGUUGAAGACAAAGAAGAAGAAGAGGCAUCCUGCUUGA